UUAAAAAACUUGUGAUCUCAAAGCCAAGUUUAACUUGAAUCUUUGAGAAUUUGUCAUAUUUAGAGUGUUUGUAAAGUAAGCAUAAACAAAUAGCAUCAUGUCACACUGGGUUGUUGUUGGUAUCUCAGGGGUGACAAAUGGUGGCAAGUCUACUUUAACAAAUAAGCUCCUAGAAACAUUGCCUGGUACUGUGAAGCUUAUCAAUCAGGAUGAUUAUUUCUACCCAGAAGAUUCUCAGCAUCAUGUGCCUGCCCCGGGAGGUUUAAAGACCAAAAUUUGGGAUUUUUUUAAAAGCUUGGACAUGGAGAGAAUGGAGAAGGAUGUGUUAGAUAUUAUUAAUUCGAAAAUUCCAGAGAAAUCAGAUAUUGAUAGAGGAGUUUACAGUGCUCCACGUUCAGAUCCUUCCUCCAGCUCCAGUGCAAAUGCUGUUCACUAUCACCCAGUUUUAUUGUUAGAUGGCUUUUUAUUAUAUGAUCACAAAGGUCUAAUGGAUAUAUGCAAUUUAAAAUACUUUUUGACUCUCACCCGCGAACAAUGUUGGGAUAGGAGAAAAUCCCGCCUGUAUGAACCUCCUGAUCCUCCAGGAUACUUUGACCACUGUGUGUGGCCCAUGUAUGAGGCUCACCUAAAACGUAUUGAAAAAAUGCCAGGGGUGGUCUUCCUAGACGGUGUAGGCAACCCGUACCAAGAAGUCUGUAAGAAGAUAUUGGAUUUAGUAAAAGUAAUGAAGUGAGAAGUAUCCUAAUACUGUAGGCAGUCUUCAUUACUAUUAACAUUAAUAUGAUUUACAGUAGUACCAUUCCUACAAAAGAAUGAGUUAGUGUGUGUGUGUGCACAUGUGUUUACACAUAUUUACACAUAUUUUACACAUGUAUACCUAUA